AUGUUGGCGUCUUCGCCCUCGCCUUCAACGGCUGCAUUACGCUCCCCGCUUCCUUCAACUUCGGGGUCGCAUUCUCAUUCCCACUAUGAGCCGGCUGGCGCUCCACAAUUCAAUAGUCCUCGAUCUUCGCGUCUCGCCAUUGACGAACUUCGCUCGGCCUUGAAUCGACAUACUGUCGAUCCCUCCUCUCCUGAGACUUCAGGGGAUCUUCAAUGCAGGCGCGCAUCCACAUCCGACACUUUGAAGACCCUGGUCAAUAAUUCGGCCUUGGCUUCGACCCCCCCAAUCAGCCACUUCUUCCGCUCUGACUGCCACCACCCCGGCGACUGCCACCUCUACAAAUCCACCCCCGAUCUCCUCCCCCGCCCCCUCGAUGCCCGCCCCUACCUCGGGUUCCAACAAGCGCAAUAG